CGAUAAUCUCACAAACUCGCUCCACUUUCUCCGAUUCGUUUCUCCCACCCUGAUCUUGAACAUCAACAUGAAGAUUGCCAUGCUGCUACUACUUGCUGGCCUCUCGGCCUGUUCUGCGGUGCCCGCUGGUGGGAAGACCAAGUCCUCUCUCACGGAUUCUGUCAAUUCACUCUAUGACUUGGCAAAGGACCUGCAAGCUUGGGGGCGCGCGGUUAUUGACAGCUCGAACUCGGGUCUGGAUACAGAGGAGAUAAAGAAGUUAUCUACGAAAAAGGAGGAACUCAGUUCCCUCUUCGUAGAGGUUGCCAAAGCCAUUGGCGAAGCGGUAAAGCAGCCGGGUGGAAAAGUGCCAAGCGGUUUCGGGAAUGACGUUGCGGCGAAGGUUACCGAGGCUCUCAAGAAACAUGUGACCACUUUGAAUAUAGGGAAUGACCACAAACUCGGCCUGCUCUCAGGUGAUCCCUUGGUUGCUGACGACCUAAGGUUGGCGUUGAACUUGGAGCUGUUCAGCAAGGUGCUGGCUUCACUCGACAAGACCGUGACUCAGAUCAAGGCACUUCUGGAUGCUGGCGUAACAGAGGAGAAGCUCUUUGAAGUCCUGAGCCAGUUGACGAUCGAUUACUCCGCCCUCUCCGUUGUGUACGAUGACGUUGUCGGCAGCUUUGAGGAUGUCGCAAAUUUGCUGAAUCCAGCUGACCAAAAGUCACAGAAGCGUUUCCGUCGCUGGCUGAGCUACAACCUGGGUCACGGAUGGAGCAUUGGUUCCAGUGGUAUCAACUGGAGGGGAAGGAAUCGUUACGGUAGCUACCACUUCAACGCCAGACCGACCUUUAACGGAUUCAGGCCUAAUGGCUUCCGAGCAGGUUUCACUUGGCGUUUCUAAGACGAGGAACACUUGAGAAAGUGCAUUAUAUCCAAGAAAUUCCCCGGGGGUCAAAUUAACGAAUAAACACCAGGCAAG